CUCGAGGCUCGAGCAGGACGAGCGACGGUGACUUCAUCUUCAUUUAGAUCUAGAUAUUACAAUUACAUGCUAUCCAUUCAUAAGCACACCUUUUUGCUGCUUUCUGUAGAAAUGGGCAUGUUCUCGUAGGUUUCUCUGAUCAUUUCUACUUUAUUAGCUGCAUCACCAUGGCCGCCUUCGUUGCUCUCGACACCAAGCAGCUCUGUGUGGUGGCCCUCGUUGGGGGUUGUACUCUCGCAGUUCUUUGCCCGAUAUCGCAGUGGAGGAGUGUAGGAUGGCUUUUUGGGUUGGCCCUCCUUCUUGCGAAUCUAGUGCCGGGACCGGCUGAAGGAGAACCUGAAGACUCAAGAUGGUGUCAACUUUUUUCUACGACGCUGAGGUUGCCCAGUGUGAUUCUCGGCAAUGCAGCUAUUGGCUUCCUCCUUGCGCAAAUUUUGUGCAUAUUAGCGCAGACGAUCGGUGUAGCCGCGACAGCUGCCUCAUCAAACGCGCCGAUUGACAAGGAGGAGUUUUUCAAUGGCGUUGGUGCAUGCAUUUUCAUGUUGAGCUUCCUGCUGUUCCACCUCGCAGAGUUCUACUUCGUUGUCGUGUUCCAUCCAGACUCCUUGCAUUUUGCGAGCUUCGUCCUGAAUCCCGUUCCCUGUCACCUGUACCUCAUCGUCUUUCUGCUCGCAGCUGCAGAGUUCGUUUUCACCCCUGAUUCGUUGCCACCAAUCCUUUCCGCUCUUGGAAUCACUAAAGACGCCAGCGCAUCAAAGGAUGGCUAUGACGCUAACUUUUGGGGUGGAGCAAAGAUGUCCUCGAUACUAUUCUGGGUCCGGAGUGGACUUCUGGUGCUAAGUCUACUUUGUCUCAGUAUCGGAAUGCUGUUGCGCGUUGCGGCACUGUGGACAGCAGGCAGUAACUUCACGCAUCUGAUACGAACAAAGCGACAUGAGGGACAUCAGCUGGUGCAACAGGGCGUGUACAAUUACGUGCGGCACCCGUCGUACAUGGGCUGGUUUCUAUGGACCUUGGGGACUCAGAUCGCACUGCGGAAUCCACUCAGUUUUCUGUUGUUCUUUGCGAUCGCCUACACGUUUCUUUAUGGGAAAACAUGAAGCUGGUCCUUUGCUUGUAUUUAUAUUUGGUGAUGUUGAGAUUCCUCCUCCUCGUAAGGUAAUGUUUAUUAUAGUUGGCUCUUCGUAAUCAGCUUCUUCUUUCUUUGAUAGAUAGACUAGAAACAGUCCUCACCGAGGUUUUUCGUACGACUAAUGGAUGACUCGAAGUAGAUAAUGAAGACAUUCUGACGUACAAAUCCAUGAUCAUACAACAUAGUCAUAGCAUUGUGAUUUUGCCUCUUUCCCUAUCAUACGCUAUUCCGUCGGAUCCGUGCCGAGGAGUAUUACCUGCUCCGAUUUUUUGGAGAAGAAUAUGCCGAUUACGCGCGCUCAGUGCCAGCGGGCAUUCCAUGCGCCUCGCAGCUUUGCGGCUCUGCUGUAUGUCCUCGCAGAACAGAACUUCUAUCGGAUGCAACAAAAAUUUUGAGUUUGAAAGAAAAAGAAGCAUUUUUCAAGGCUGCACUUAGUUGGAGGUGCUGGAAUUACUGGCUUAGUUGUACUACACAGUGUUCUAGGAGAAGCAGGGCCCUCGGCCGCCUACUUUCAGGAGAGGCUUCUCCAGUGUGAAUGUCUCCGUCGUGAUGUUGUUCUCUCAUGCAAAGACGAAGACAACUUGAAUGCACGUGAUCCCUCUUGGGGUCUGAGACUCUGACUGAGUUGUUGAUAAAAAUACGACUAAGUAACUACAACGAUGAUGAUGAUGAUGAUGAUGAUGAAGUCAGUGCUUGCCUCGAAGAUCCUCCGAUGUAAACAACAAGAUCCCCGAUAUGAUAU